UCCCCAGCUCCUUUGCUGUCUCUGCAGAUUGCCAACGUGCUCUACCUCGAGUCCCCCGCUGGCGUCGGCUUCUCCUACUCUGACGACAAGAAGUACACCACGAACGACACCGAGGUCGCUCACAACAACUACCUGGCGCUGAAGGAGUUCCUCAGGCUCUUCCCCGAGUACUCCAAGAACGAUCUCUUCCUCACUGGGGAGAGCUAUGGGGGGGUCUACAUCCCCACGCUGGCCGAGUGGGUGAUGCAGGACCCCAGCCUCAACCUGAAGGGAAUCGCUGUGGGAAAUGGCCUGUCCUCCUACGAGAUCAAUGACAACUCCCUGGUUUACUUUGCCUAUUACCAUGGCUUGCUGGGGACUGAGCUGUGGAAGGACUUGCAGGCCUUCUGCUGCUCCCAAGGGACGUGCAACUUCCACGACAACUCCAACCUGAACUGCACGCUCAAGAUGGAGGAGAUGAUUCAGAUCGUAGAGGAGUCCGGCCUCAACAUCUACAACCUCUAUGCCCCGUGCGAUGGCGGUGUCCCUGGGAGCAUGAGGUAUGAGGGUGACUACCUCAUCACACAUGACCUGGGCAACUCCUUCAUCCGGAUGCCGAUGAGGUUCUCCUGGCGGCAGAACCUGUUCCGGAUGCCGGUAGCCCGGAAGAAGGUCCGGAUGGACCCUCCCUGCACAAACUCCACGGCCCCCAGGGUGUAUCUGAACUCCCCGGAGGUGAGGAAGGCUCUCCACAUCUGCCCCGAAGCCCCGGAGUGGCAGGUGUGCAGCUUCGAGGUGAACCGCAGCUACAAGCGCCUGUACAUGCAGAUGAACGACCAGUACCUGAAGCUGCUCGGAGCCACAAAAUACCGGAUCCUGGUGUACAACGGAGACGUCGACAUGGCCUGCAACUUCCUUGGAGACGAGUGGUUUGUGGACUCCCUGUGCCAGAAGGUGCAGGUGGCUCGCCGGCCCUGGCUCUACUCUGAAGGAGGCGAGAACCAGAUCGGGGGCUUCGUGAAGGAAUUUACCAACAUCGCCUUCCUCACCGUCAAGGGAGCUGGCCACAUGGUGCCC